AUGCAUAGCAAAAAUAUCUCAACGAGUAUCUUCUUCAAGACGCAUAUCAAGCCGGGAGAGUGCUAUCGGAACUUGAUGAUCCGAGUGGAUACAGUGAACGGCAACCUGCAAGAGGUCAAGGUGAAGCUGCCGGAUGAGGUGAACCGGGCUGUGAAAGCAGUGUUUCCUCAAGGGCGAUGCAUGACGGCGGCUACAAGAACCAAAGAUGUGUAUGCGGCCGAGGACGCGGACCCCGAGGAGAUUGAGGAGACGACCGGUUGGCCGUGGGUUCAAGCCAACAAGCGCUUGCUGGAGUUUGUCUGGAACAGUGAAGGUCGUUUGGAGCAGCUCAAGCAGAAGACAAAGUGCUUCACGUGUCAUCAAACUGCGCACUGGCAAAGGGAAUGCCCAAAGCGCAAAGGUGGGCCUUCAUCCUCGUCCGGGCAGCCGGGAAAUACCGAGGAUACGAUGAUUGCCGAUGGCGAUGUGAAGACGGGUCCUACAGAGGACUGGUUCAUCCCGACGAACCAGAUCGCGGACUUGGAUGUGUGCCUGGUAGAGGGCCGGCAGGGCAAUGUUGACGUCGUGGUGGCAAAUCGUGAUGAGCUUGGGUGCGAAGAUGAUGUGAGUGCCGCGUUGGGGGACCUUGAUAGUGCGCGGCUGAUUUUCCAGAGUUUUUGCGAUGACAAUCCGGAUGCCCAGCGAGGCAUACAUGGCCGAGUGCGGAGAGUCGUUAGGGUACGCUGA